AUGAAUAAUAUAAAGUUAUACCAAUGCAAGUAUUUGGCAGAAAUAUACGUUAAAAAUAAGGAAAUAAAUGAAUAUUUAAGUAUUUUGCAAUAUGUAGAUAGUUCUAAUUUGGAAAGCGCUAAGUGUUUUAAGGUUUUUAUUUUCGAUGAAUUUCCUAAUACUGUAUCAAAUGACAUUAUUCAAGAAAAUAUAUAUGACAAUGUAAUUCAAUACAGAAAGCUAGAAAAUGAAGAUGCUUCAAAUGACCAAUUAGACAGUAUAAUACCAGAUGGUAAGAAAAAAUAUAUGUUGAAUUCUAAUAUAGCUGAAAAAGAAAAAUAUAAAAAUUAUCCUAUUGAUGGCAAUAACACUAGAAAUAAAAAUGAUAAAAAAUAUUUUGAAAUAUAUAUUUUUUAUGAUGAAGUAAUUGACAUUAAUAUGAUUCCCCAAAUGCUAGGAAUGAGUAUAUAUGAAUCUUCAUUUAAUUUAGAAGAAUUCGAAAGAACAAAAAAUAAAUUGAUUAUGUGUAAAUCAUCAGGUAGUAAUACUGAUGAAAAUAAUGGAAAAGGAUAUGAUAGUAAUAUUGAUAUUUGUGAAUUAAAAAAUGGGAAAUUGAAAAAUAUUUUUAAAUCAUUAAAUAUACAAACCAUUGAUUCGUUUACGGGAUCUCUCAUAAAAUUACCAUUUGAAGUUAAUUCAGAAAAAGAUGAAUUUGUUGAAAAAAUAAGAAAUUCCACAGCAUGGUUUAUUAUAUAUUGUAAAAACGUAAAAAUUAUUCAUAUGAAUAUUAAUCAUAAUUUCAAUUUAAAAUGGAAAAAAUAUAUACAAUAUAAAAAUAUUUCUGCGUUAGAAGGAGAAAAAUUUAUAAAUAAGGAUAUAAAAUAUUAUGGUAUAGAAUAUAGUACUGAAAUUUUUUUUUCUAAAUACAUUGUAUACGACAACGAUAUAAUAGAUAACACUGUUUAUGAUAGCAUGCUGCGUAUAUAUUUUUUGUAUAAAGAACAUGAAGAAUUAUACGAUAAAAUCUCAAAUAUUGAUAUAUAUAAUAAACUAUAUAUUUCUGAAUUUGUGUUUACAAGUGUUGUUAAUUUGUUUGGAAAUCUUUCAAUUUAUAUAAAAGACGAAAAUAAUAAAAAUAUAUUAAUAAGUGAUAUUUGUAAUAAUAGAUUUAUUCCUUUAAUAUGCAACGCAUAUAUAGAAUUUUUGCUACUAUUACGAGAACAAAAUAUUUCGAAUAGGAAUUAUAAUUUUUCUUCAUACUUUCCUUUAUUAGAUAUUACAUCUAAAGGAAAAAUUAACCAACUUAUAUAUUCAAUAUAUAAUGAAAUAUUUGAUGAGGAAAAAAACUUAAAAUUAAUUUUCAAUGGGAAGAAAUGGAUGCAUUUUAGCGAAUGCACAUUUGUUACAAAUGAAUUAAAAAAUAUAUUUGAGAUGGGAAUAUUAGAUAUUAUGGAAUACUCUGAAAUAAUGAAUAUAGUUUUUUUAGAGGAUAAAAUAAAAACUGCUAUAUAUUAUUAUUUGAAUGUACUAAGUAAACAAAUAGAAAGUGAUAACUUAAUCAAGAAAAUAUUGGGGUAUAAUCUAAGAUAUAUAGAAGAUAUUCCUAAUGAUAUUAUUAAUAAUAUAGAAUUAUUUCAUAAAAAUAUUUCAGUAAAAAAUAUGUUAGAAAAAAAUAAAAAGUGUAAAUUUUUGCAUGAAAUAAUUAUAAAUAAUAUUGAACAUGUGCAUUUUGAAAACCUUUUGCCUAUAUUAGUUUAUCUUGUACAAUUAGAACCCGAAAAUGUAGACGAUUUAAGAAAUAUUCCAUGUUUUCCCAAUCAGAAUAAAAAGUUAAAAAAAAUCAACGAAUUAAUAUUUACUGUAGAUAAGGAAUAUUAUAAAGAAUCUAUAGAUAUAAAAUGCAAUAAUGAAAAAAUACAAGAUGAAUAUGAUAUAUGUAAUCAGAUUAACCGACAUACUAUUAGUAAUGAUAAUUUAAUAUCAAUAGAAUUUAUGGAUAAAAUAAAAAAUGAAGACAUUGAAAAACUCAGGCUUUUAGGUCUAACGAUUAUUUAUGAAGAAUAUAAAUUAAAUGAUAAUAUACAUGAUAUUUUAUUAGAUUUAGAUAAAUUAUUUUUUAGUACUAUGACAUAUGAAAAUAAAAUUACAAUUUUAAAUAAAAUAAUUUACCAAUUAGAAAAAAAUAUAAUUGAUUUGGAAAAUCCUGCAAUAUUAAAUGAUUUAAAAAAUAUAUUUUUUUUACCAAUAUAUAAAAGUAAAAACUAUAAUUAUAUUCGAUUGGACAAUGAUGCAGCGAUUAAUAAUAAGAUAACAAAAAAUAAAGAAUCUCAUAAUUAUUUUUCAUGUAAUUUGAAAAAAAAAGACACAAUAAAAACUAUUAAUAAUAAUGAAUUAAAUUAUAGUAACAUAUCCGACUUAAAUAGCAAUUCUUGUAAUAAUAUAAAAAAAGGAAAUUUCGAAAUUGAAUAUGAUGACAUUACAAGCAAUAAUACUGCUAAUGCGGAAAAUAACAAUUCCAAUGAUAUAAUAGAAAAAAUAGAUGAUACAAAUAUUACGCAUUUUAUUAGAAUAAAUGAAGGAUAUGAUAAGAAAUAUUUUAAUGUAAUUUUUUUAAAAAAAAAGUGUUAUUGUAUUGACAACAUAAAGGUAUCACCAAAAUUAUGCGAAUUGCUAGAAUUAAAGAAAAAGCCACAAUUAAAUGAUGUGAUAAAUCAUCUUGAAAUAAUAAUUAACAAUUCUGCAAAUACACGUUUUCAAAAUAUUUCUAAAAUUUAUGAAGACAUUUAUGAAUAUUUUGAACACUUGAUAUUUUCUGAAAAUAAAAUAAACGAUAAGACAUGUAACGAAAUAAAAGAAAAUGAUAAAAUGAAAACAAUAAGUCAAAAAAUAGAAAAUAAAAAAGAUAUAAAAACUGAAGAGUAUGAAAGAUUUAAAAAUUUUAUUAAAGAAAGUAAAUUUAUUUUUAUUAAAAAUAAACUUUGGAAAAGUAACAAUGUAUUUUUUCUUAGAAAUUGUAUACCUUUAAAUUUGUUUAUAUGUGAGUUGCCAAAGUUGUAUAAAAUAAAAUACCCCAAUUUAAUGAGUCUUAGUGGAAUUCAGUUAAAAUUAAAACAUUCUAAAUUGGUUAAUAUUUUAAAUAAAAUUCGAAAUAGCUUUAAUAACAAUAAAAAAAAUAUAAAAAGUCGCAACAAUGAGAAUAAAAUAAAUGAUGAUAAUUUUAAAGAAGAUAAAAGUAUGCAAUUAACUGGUUUAUUAAAAAUGUCUUAUAUUAAUACAUUAAACAUGAUUGAUAUAUCGAUUUGUGACGAAUCUAAUAUACCUAACUUUAUAGAAAUCGAAAAAUUAAGUCCUAUGAAAAAUUCAAAUAUUUUAUAUAAUAAAAAAAUGGUUAGUAGUGAAAGCUUAAUUAAACCGUUAGAAUGCAAAUGCUUUGAAAAAAUAUAUUUACCAAAUAUUAACUAUGUUUUAAUAAAAAAAAACGAGUGUAUUUAUAUUAAAAAUUCGGUUCUAUAUAAAAAUUCAAAGGAGAAAAACGUGAUUCAUAAGGAUAUUAAAGAAAAUAUUAUUAAUUUGUUGAAUAUUCCAAUAAAAACAAUAGAACAAAAUACAGUUGAACGAACAGGAUCAGUCCCUAAAAUCGCGAGAAAAAAAACUCUGAAAUCGUGUUAUCCAAUUAGUAACAAAAUGAAUAUUAAAUCCGUUAAAGAUGGAUUAAAAAUAUCACAAACUGCAGAGAAAAAGUCGAGUAUAAAUUUUUCGUCGACCACAACAAUAACUCGAAAAUAUUCCAAAUUUAAUGCAGAAAAAAAGAAAGGUAUAGCCACAACAGUUGUUACCAAUAUUAAUAAAAGAAUAAUGACAAAAUCAACAAUUGUUGACAAGAAACAAAUCAAGUUUCCAUUGAAGGAAAGCAAAGACGUUGUAGAUAUUAAUACCAGUUUAAAAAGGAAAUUCCCUUUGACAUUAAAAAAUAAAAUUAAUAAUAUAAAUAAAGUUUACAAUAAAGAAAGCUCUAUCAUUAAAUCUUCAAAAAAAAAAGUAGAAAAUAAGGGCAAUAAAAUAAGUGAACCAAAUUUAUUUAAAGAUAUCAAAAACUUAAUAUAUUUUUUAGAUGAUAUCGGGUGUUUUGAUGUAAAUUUUAUUAUUGAUAAGAGAAUAUUUGAAGAAAACUAUAUUCCAAAACCUUUUUUAAAAAUGGCACGCAUGUAUUUAUACAUAAAAGUAAAAAAAAAAAUAUACGAAGAUUUUUUGUUUAAUAAAGAAGAUUUAAUUGAAUAUGCACAUACUCACAAUAUUUCAAAUUAUAAAGAAUAUAUAAAUGCAGAAAAUAAUAAUACGGAAUCUUUUAAAUCUUGCACUGACUUAAUUUGCUUAUAUCUGUUCGAAAAUUUUUCUUCCAUAUUAGACAGUUUAUUGGUAUUUAAUAAUAAUAAAUUUUUUGAAUGGUAUCCUAAAGUUAAUGAAGAAUGCAAUAAUGGUAAUGAGAAAAUAAAUGGUAGCAAUUUUAACUAUCAAAAUAAAUUCACUAAUACAGAAAUACAAAAUGAAAAUAAUUUAUGUAUAGAUAAUAUGGGCGUAAAUCCUUUAGGUAUGUUUCCUGAUAAUGUAGAUAAAUUGGAUGGAAAUGGUGAUAUAAAGAGUACUGAUCUUUCAGAAAUAAAUAAAAUACCAAAUGAUAAAGAAAAAAAUAAGAAGAAAUUGUACAAGAAAAUUUGUUCCUUUAAUAAUAAGGACAAAGAAGUUUUAAAAAAACUUUUUUUCUAUAAUUAUUUUCAAGAUGAUAAAAAAAAUGAGGAUAACAAUGAUAAUCUUUGUAGACCAUUAACCGUUGCAAAUUUCAAACAUAAGGAGUCAAAAAUAAAAAAAUUUAAUACAAUGCAUUCAGUUUUACAAAAUAAUAAAGCAAUAGAAGAAAUAAAUAAGAACACAUUUUACAAAGGUAAAACGGAAUUAAAUUUUGGGAAAAUGCUCUCUAUUAAUAAACAAAACGAAACGAAUAAUAGUGACUAUAGUAAUAUUAUAUUAAUUCGUAUGUAUAAAAAUGACACAGUUUUAUCACAUAUUAAAUGUAUUGAGAAAGCAUUUUUAGAAUGUAAAAAAUUUAAUGAAAAAUUUUUACUUUUUUCGAAAAAUCUUGUUAAACUGAAUUUUAUAAAAAUUGAUGGUAAAGUAGAGCAAUUAACAAGUUUGGUUUUAACAAUGUCUGAAAAUCAUUUUCAGCUACGAGAAAAAUUUUACAAAAAUCGUAAAGAGGUAGAAGACAGUGAUAAAAAUAUAGAAAGUAAGUCAAAUGGAAAUAUGGUAAAAAUAAAUGAUGAAGAAAACUUUAAUUCAACUGUAAAUAAAAAUUUAGAAAUGUUUUUACAAUGUCAAAUAUAUAGUGGAAAUAAAUCAAGCAGGUGGAUAAUAGGCUUUUUAAAUGAUGUAGGUAUAUCUAUAUGUUUUGAGCAUUAUCAGUUAUUUCGUAAACAUUUUUUAUUCCAGAAUUUGAAUGUAAUUUAUACUAUUGAUAACUUACCUAUGCAUAUUAAAUGGAGUUCGCUGAAGAACAAUUGUAACAUAAAAAAAUUGAAAAAUAUAAAAAAUUUUGAAGUUGCUAUAAAUAGCAUAUCUAACUUAUAUAAUAAUUUUUUAAAGCUAGCUCAUAGAAAUGCUGUAAAAAAAUUAUUAAAACAUGAUACAAGCAAAAUAUUAUAUAAACACAAAAAUAAAUGGGUCAAGAAAAAAAAAACAGCAAAUUUCGAUACCACCUUAAAUGUAAUUACAGAAGAAAACUGCACAAAUCGACGAGCAAAUAUUUGUAAUGAUUCUGAAUUUAAUAAUGUUAAUUAUGACAAACAAAACAUGGCAUUUUCUUAUAUAUACAAAAUAAAUAAAAAUGAUAUAAAAAACUUCAAUGAAAUUUAUAAAGUUAUUAAAAGUAAAUAUCUUAAUUUCAUUCCUAAAAAUUAUGAUAAAAAUGAUUUAUUUUCCCAUGUUAUCAAACAUGUAUUUAUGAAUUGUAAUGAACUUAAGAUAUUACCCUGUCUAAAAAAAAGGGAUAAUAUAUAUUCACUUUAUUGGGGCAAUAUGCAUGACUGUAUUAAUAUAUAUCCAUUCUGCAAAUACUUAAACUCGCUAACAUUUUUUAUGUUAGAUUUAGGUCUAACUAUUUUAUUGCCAUAUUUUGAAAUUGACAAUAUUAUUCAUUUGCAUAAAAUGGUCGAUGAAGAUAAUAAUAAUAAGAGUGGGAAUAAAGGCAAUGCAUCUGAAACAAUUGAUAAAGAAUUUGAUAUUAAAAAUGUUAAUGAUGAAAGAAAGAAAAAAAACAUAGAAGACAAAAAUAAUUUAUUUUUAGAUAUUAAAAAAGAUCAACCAAAUAUCUCUAAAACCACUAUAAAUAAUGAUUCAAAUCAAAAUAAAAACCAUGGAAAAGUUUGCAAUUUAACACCUGUACUUUUAAGAAAUGCAAUAAAAAAAACAUUUUCAGCAUUUAAGCAUUUUAUAAAAGAGUGUUUAGACGAAAAAAAUAUAUCUACAAUUUUGUAUUUAUUUGAUUAUGUUUUUUCUGAUUUUAAACAAAAUAAUUCAGUUAAUGGAUUAGUAAGAUGCGUAACAAAUAUAUCAUUACUUGUUAUACUGUAUUGCGACAUAUCGUACUUGAAAGGAAAUAUACAUAAAUACGUGGAUUGGGAAGACGGAGAGGAAAGUAUAUAUAAUGAAGUAAAAGAAAGUGAUGUAAAAAGCAAUGAAACAAAAAAUUAUGAAAUAGUUAGUGAUAUAGUAAAUAGCGAUUUGGAGAGGUUUAAUGGAAUGAGCAAUAAAGAUGAUGAUACUAAAAGUAUUGAUUACAAUACCAACACAUUUCACCCUUUUUUUUAUAAUAAUAAAAAUUUUAGAGACACAAAAUUUACAUAUGUAAAUAACUUUGUUAAAAUUAAAAAUAAUAAUUUUAACUCGGAUUUAUUUUAUAAUUUUGAUUGCAUCAAUUUUAUUAAAUACAGUGAAAACAGUCAAAUAUAUUAUUCGAAAUAUUUUUACUUAUUUAAUUUGAAUGAGGUAACUUUUAUAAAUGCUGAUUUCUAUUCAGUAUAUAGUCUUUCUCUAUUAAUAGAUGCAAAUAUCAUAGUUAAAUUGACCUUCGACAAUUUAACCAGCAUAUUGAAUGGAAAUAUUUAUCCUCAUAUAUUUCAUUAUUGUAAUUCUUUUAAUAUGAAUGAAUAUAACAAAACUGAACUAUUGGAUGAUAGUUGCAAAGAAAAUUAUAAUUUGAUAAGUAAAGAUGAUAAACAUAUUUUGAAUAUGGAUAGUGACAAAAACAAUAGUAAUAAUAAUAAUGAUAACGAUUUAAUAAUUAGCCAAUGUCCGAAUAUUAAUCGAAUAGGUGAUAUCAUAGUUAAUGAUAACGGCAAAGAAAAAGAUUGUCUUUUGAGUCUCAUGUACAAUGCAAUAAAAAUUCCAUAUGAUUUCAAAAUAAUCGCUUACAACAAAUCAUUGUUACAUAUGAUUGUUGAACUAUAUAAUGAAAACGAAGGAACAAUUUUUUUAAAUAAAUUAAAAGAGUUUCGCUUAUUAAUAACCCUUGAUAGUAACAAAUCUGAUGAAUUAGACAAAAAAUAUAUGUACGUUCAUAAUAUAUGCGAUAUAAAAAACAUAAUAGGAAACAAAUUUAAAGAUGAUAAUAUCGAAGAAAUAUUAUUUUUAUUGGGGUAUAGGAAAAUAUGUAAUGCAGAAUUACUGAGUAAUACAAUAAUUGGGAAAUAUUUAAUAAAUGAUUAUGAAGAUCUUAUGUUAUCAUUAUAUAAAAAUGCUAAAUAUCUAAAAUGGGGGAUAUUAAAUAACAAUGAUAUAAAUGUUCUUUUAAAUAUAUUUUUAUUAAAUAUUAAAUUUAAUAGUAAUAAUAUGUUUUAUUUGAAAAGUUUGCCAAUCUUUUAUUCUUUAAAUCAUUCAAAAUUUUUAAAUAUAUUAGAUAAAAAUAAAAAUUAUAUUGUAAUCAAUUCAAAGAAUAUAGACUUGUUAGCUCUUAUAAUAUCUGAAAUUGUAGAAUAUUAUGAUAUUAAUACUAAUAGCAAAUCACAUACAAUGUCAAAUAAAAUUGAUAUUAUAAAUAUUUGUGAUUAUAAUAAGGAUGAUAUAAGGGUUAAUUAUAAUCGAGUUAACAAUAUUUAUAAUGACAAUGAUAAUAGAAUAAAUAGUUACACAGUAAAAUUUAAUAAGAAAUAUAGCAAUGACAAUUUUUCCAUUAUAGAUAAUAAUUGUGAGAAAGACACGAUUCACAAUCUAAUAAAAUUAGACGAAAAUAAAAAGGAAGAACAAUUUUUACACUCAAAUUUGCAAUUAACUAAUGGCGUUAUUUCAGAUUAUGGUGAUACUUAUGAUGAUGAUACAGAUUCGCAUAAGAUAUAUAAUAAUAUAAAUAAUGUAGAUAAUAUAAUAGAUAUAAGCAAUGAAAAUACGAUAUAUAAAAUUAAGUAUAUAUUUUUACACCAUUUUGACAUUAAUAUAAACUUUUGGAAACACAUAAAUAUAGAAUGCUGGAAUUUCUAUAAUGUUAUUAAACACUUUUUUUAUGGAAUUUUAGUAAAUAGCAUUAAUGAAAAUUUAUUUCAGAAUAUUAUACUUUAUAUAUAUAAAGAAUACGAAGAUGUUGUUGAAAAUCAAUACAGAGAGACAUAUAAUAAGAAUAAUUAUGUUAACAACAUUUACAAUGCCAAAAAUUUAAUUAAUUCUGAGUUUUCUUAUGAACAUUAUUUUAAGGAUAUUUUUUGUGAACUAAGAGAAUUACGCUUAAAAUUCAAAAGCAAUUUCCAAAUUUCACAACUCUAUAAUAAAAAUUAUGAUAUAUUUAAAGAAUUUAUAAAUGAUAAUAGACUAUUCAAAUUUGUGCAUUUAUCAAAUUUUAAAUAUGAGCAAGAAUUUUUAGAAAACAUGCAUUUUCAUGUAAUGCCUAAUAUAACAGAGUUAAAUGAUAUUUUAUCAAUUUUAAUUUAUGUUUUAAAAAAUAAUAAUAAUUUAUUAGAUUCAUUUGAUAUAAAAAUUAUUUUUAAUAAUACUCAUACCGAUUGUAGUAAAUACACCACCAAUUUUAAUGAACAAAAUUUAGAUAAAAAAAUUAAUUCUAUACUGAAAUAUACUAAUGAUAAUUUUCAAAUUUUAAUCAAAAAUAAAAACGACAACUUUGUUUAUUUAUUAAAAUCGUUAAUAUAUAAAUUAAUGAAUACAAAUAAAUUUUCAGAACAAAUAAAAAGUUACACAAAUUUGUAUAAUUUUUAUAGACAGAAUAAUAGCUCAAAUAUUCAAAAUUUUAUUGAGAAGGAAACAAUAAAAAUAAAUAAUGACAUAUCAAUAUACUAUGAUAAUGAUAAUCAUAAUAAAAAUAAUUACCUUGACAAUUUUAAGGGGAAUGAAUAUACUGCUGGAGAAAAUCAUGGAUCUGAUACCGGUAAUAAUAAUGGUGGGAAUAAUGUUUAUCCACGGGAUGGCAUUAAAUGUAAUAAUAAUUUUAAUGAAUCUGAGAGAAAAAAUGGUGGUCCACUUGUUCUCAAUAAGCAGGACACAUGGUAUAAUAAACAUAAUAAAAGAAAAACGAUAUGA